AUGCGCUGGACCAUUGCACUGCUCGUCGCGUUUGCUGUCGAAGCGCUCGCUGUCGAGGCCAUCGUGUCCGAGUACUUUGCCAUGAUAUACACGGGCGCCAGCUAUGCCGGGCAGUCGUACACGACCGUGACCAACAGCUUUUACAGCUUGGGGAACACGCUCGUCGACCCGAUCUCGUCGAUCAAGGUGCAGCCCGGCUACGUCUUUGUCGGCUACACCAAGAACCUCGGCACGACAGGCGCCGGCUCGAGCGAGUACUUCUACAUGGCAUGGGACAGCGACACGCCCGACCUCGGCAGCCUCUGGGACGACCAGAUCACCGCGUACGAAGUGCGCAAAGCUUUGUCGUGGACCAAACCGUCCACGUACUUUUUUGCUGCCGCCAAGUUCUACUCGGGCUCCUCCUACACCGGCAAUUCGACCAUCACAACGCUCUUGACCAAGUACACACUGCCAUUCAGCGUCGCGUCCGUCAAGGUCACACCCGGGUACUCGCUCACCCUCAUCGCGCCGAGCGGUUCGACGAAGACCAUCACGUCCGACACCUCGAACCUUGGCGCGUGGGCCAGCGUUGCCAAGGUCGCAACGCUCGUCAAGGAUACAUCGACGCUACCUCCGACGCCAACCGAGCCCACGACCACGUCGCCCGCCCCAACAUUCGCCGCAUCAACGCCCACAGUUGCUGCAUCAACGCCCACAUUUGCCGCAUCAACGCCCACAGUUGCCGCAUCAACGCCCACAGUUGCCGCAUCAACAACACCCAACGCAAUUCUCUCUCCCGAGAGUGCCACGCCCGGUCCUGCGCCUGUUGUGGCCUCGGCUGCGAGCGCUACCGAUUACACGACCAUCAUCAUCGGCUGCAGUGCGGGCAUCGUCGUUACGAUGAUCGUUGCCGUCGUCUUCAUCAUGCGGUCCAAGAAGAAGAAGGCGACGAACACCAGCACCCUCUUUGAGCCGUUCAUCUCGACCAACCCCAAGCUCCAGCACGACGCAAGCCUCAUCAACCUCAGCAGUCUCUACAAGGUGCGUCUCGACCAAGCGAACCUGCACCUCGAGUGCAUCCUUGGCUACGGCUCGUUCGCGGCUGUCUCCAAGGGCUCGUACAACGCCAUUCCGGUGGCCGUCAAACAGCUCCAGAGCAACCGCCGGUCCAACACGGACAUCCAAAGCUUCAUCGAUGAGAUCGAGCUUAUGUCGCGGUUCAACUCCAAGCACAUCAUCAAGCUCAUUGGCGCAGCGUGGACGACGCCAACGGACUUGUGUGCGGUCAUGGAGUUUAUGGACCAAGGCGACCUCAAGGACUACUUGGCGGCUCAUGACGCCAGCGUGUACACGUGGGCGAUGAAGCUCGAGGCGCUGCGGGGGAUCGUCGACGGUCUCUCGUACCUCCACUCGCUCAACAUUGUGCAUCGCGAUCUCAAGUCCCGCAACGUGCUUCUCGACUCGACCAAGGGCAUCAAGAUCGUCGACUUUGGCGUCGCCAAGGAAGACAUUCAGGGCACCAUGACGAUGGGUGUCGGGACCUUUCGGUGGAUGGCCCCCGAGGUCCUUCUUGAGAGCGCGUACACGGUGGCCGCCGACAUUUACUCGUUUGGGAUGCUCCUCUCCGAGUUUGACUCGCACCACAUCCCGUACGAAGAUUUGACCAACCCGACGACGGGCAAGCCGCUCGCCGACCCCGCGAUCAUCGGCGGCGUCCUCAACGGCUCGAUCAAGCCGACGUUCAGCGACACGUGCCCGACGUGGGUCAAGGCGCUGGCCGACGGUUGUCUUUCGUUCAACGCCUUCGACCGCCCGACCAUCUACGAUGUGGCAGCCAUGCUGGCCAAAGUUCGCACCGACUAA